AAAAAGAUUGAGAAUGGAGGCCAAUAAUUUAUCUAACAUGUUUAAAUAAAAAAAAUCGGGUGUCCAUUUUCAUUAAGAGUAUCUUUGUAAAUUAGCAACUUUUUUACAUAGAACUUACCUGUUCGUUGUUAUUAUUUUCCAAUUUGAUGAUAUCUUUAUUUCGUUUGAAUCGGAUAUGAGGAAUUCAUUAUCAAGAUUAUUUUCUUUAUAUAACUCGUUAGCAAUUAUACGUAUUCAUUCCAUUAAUCGUGAAGUUUCGCAUUUGUGUUUCAGUUUUCUAAUUCGUAUUCAGUUUUCCGCCGAUUUGAUCAGGUGGUGAAUCUUCAAGUUCAGUACAUGAUGCACAAUAUUGUGAUGAUAUAAUUGGAGAAAAUGUCUAUAAGCCAGAUGUACCUAUUCAACUUAUUCCAAUUUAAGGGUUUAAUCUUCAAAUCAUUAAAGUUGGCUAUCAAAAUGUAUUCUGAGUAUGCUGAAAUUAGUGGUUUUGAUGUUAGACUGAGCACACAGUCAAGGUUUGAUAACAAGAUUAUAAAGAAGAAACAUGUUAUAUGUAAUCGUGGUGGUAAACAGAAAAAGAAAUCUUGUGACACAUUAGGUACAAGUGGUGUUAGGAGGAAACGAAAUUCAAAUUCAAAAGCUAUUGGUUGUCAAGCAAAGAUUAUAUUUGAAUCUGUGUAUGGAACUCCAGAUUAUAAAGUUUUUUAGUUUGAUGAACUUCACAACCAUCCACUUGAGAAGAGAAGCGAUUUAAAAAAAAGCGAGACAAAUGUCAUAUUCAGAAAAAGAGUAUUGUGCAUGCUUCCACAUCAAAAAUAGGUCCAACUAUGGCUCAUAAGUUGAGGGCAAGUUUGAGAGGUGGGUAUGAGUUUGUAAAGCCAAAAGUAGUUGACUAUAAAAAUUUAAGGAGACAUAUCAACAGUGUUAUUGGUUAUAAAUAUGCCCGGAUGAUAUUAAACACAAUGAAUGACCGUCGAGCUCAUUAUCCAAAUUACUCAUUUGAGUUUAAUUGUCAAGAUGAUGUUUUGGACUGUAUGUUUUGGGCUGAUGAAAUGGAGAAGACAUAUUAUGCUGAAUUUGGUGAUGUUAUCUUGUUUGAUGCGACUUUCCGAACAAACAAGUAUCGAAUGGUUUUUGUUCCGUUUACUACUAUUGACCAUCAUAAAAAAAUGGUUACUGUUGGAUCUGGGUUGCUAAGCAAUGAAAGCAUUGAGUCUUACUCUUGGUUGCUUAAAACAUUUCUUAAAACUCAUGGGAAAGAACCAACACUUGUUUUAACCGAUCAAGAUGCUGCAAUAAAACAAACUGUUGAGAAUGUGUUUUGUAAUUCAAAGCAUCGAUUAUGUAUGUGACAUAUAAUGAAAAAGUUGAAAAAAAGGUAUUAUUUUAAUAUAUUUCAAAUAUAUUACUUAUUAGUAUAUUCGUUUAUGAAUAUUGAUUGUUAUUUUACUUAUUAUUAUUUAUUCAUUUAUGAAUAUUUUUGUUUAAAUACAGAUAUCAGAUGAUUUAUUUACUAACACAGACUUUAGAAAAAGAUUUUCAAAGCUUGUUUGGGACAUUAAUAUGAAACCUGAUGUUUUUGAGGUGAAGUGGGGUUUGCUUACGAAGGAAUUCAAUAUUGAAGACACAAGAUGGUUUAAAGACAUGUUUACAAUACGUGUUUCAUGGACACCUGGAUAUUUUAGUGAUAUUCCAAUGUGUGGUUUGAUGAAGACUACAUCGAGGUCAGAGAGUAUGAAUUCAUUCUUUAAUACAUACUCAGAAAGUGGGAACUUACUUUUGAGUUUCAUGAUGAAUUACGACACUGCCAUUCAAAAGCAAAGGAAUACUCAACGAGAUCUUGAUAAGGCAUCAAAGAAAGCAUCAUAUAAAAUGCAAACACCUCGAGAAAUAGAACUGCAAGAAUCAAAGGUUUAUACAAGUACAUUAUUUUUUGAGGUGCAAAAAGAAAUAUAUAAAGCAUGUUUUUUCUGUACAUACUCAUAUGUUGGUAUUGAAGAUGGUUGGGAAGUUUACAUUGUGCAGCACAACAACAGUAAAAGUGAUUUUAAAAAUGAAUUUAAGGUUGAAAUAAAAGCUGAAGAAAAAGAAAUAAAUUGCAGUUGUGAACAUUUUAAGCGUAUAGGUGUUUUAUGCAGACAUGCUUUUACAAUAAUGAUGAGAUGUGGUGUUAAAGAAAUUCCUGAAAGGUACAUUUUGAAGAGAUAGAGAAAGGAUGUGAUAUCAAGAAAUUAUCGUUUUAGUUCUGUUCAGUCCGAUUCAGGUGAUUGUGACAAUGUAAAGCUAGUCAAUGAUUCAUAUUAUAGUUUUGAAUCAUGUUUGGAUAUUGUAAGAGAUGACAAAAAGAGAUUGGCUUUGUUUGCUGAGAAGUAAAAAUGUUGUUGAAGGAAUUUGAGAGUAAUUAUAUUUCUCUUGGAUUGAAAAGCAAGACAGAUGGUGAAGUUGUAUGCAAGCUUUUGGGUGUUACUAUUCCUAUUCCAGAAGAGAUUAAUAUUCAUGUUCCUGAAGUUCAAAGCAGUAAAGGUUUUGGAAUCAAGAAAAGAAUUUCAAGUGUAGGUGAAGUAGCAUAUGAAAAUUCUACAAAAGAACAUAGAAUGUGUUCAGGAUGUGGAAAACGAGUUCCACACAAUUUACGUACUUGUCCAGAAAGAGUUGGAGCUGCUAAAUCAGCAAAAGACAGUUAGGGAUUUUUUAGUGUUUUUUUUAUGUUUUUUGGUUUAAUUCAUUAUGAAUAUAUGCAGAUAAAAAAAAUAAACAAUAAUAUUCAUGUAUGAAUAAUACACAUUUAUAUUGAUAUGGUAAAUUGAUAUGUUG